GAAAUUCGUACAAUCAUCACAAGGGUAACUUGGGGUCCGGUGUUAAAGAUGCGAUUGCAAGAAAAUCCAAUCAGUAAAGCAGAAAGCAAUGAAUUCCUCCUCUUCUCUUUGACAGAUCUUCAACCAUGGUCAAGUUCAUCAAGGCUGGUAAAGUUGUCGUUAUUUUACAAGGUCGUUAUGCCGGUAAAAAGGCUGUUGUUGUUCGCAACCACGACGAAGGUACUAAGGAUAGACCUUAUGGUUACGCCGUUGUUGCUGGUGUUGAACGUACUCCUCUCAAGGUCACUAAGGCCAUGGGUAAGAAGAAGGUUGCCAAGCGUUCCAAGGUUAAGCCUUUCGUCAAGAUUGUCAACUACAACCACAUGAUGCCUACUCGCUAUGGUUUGGAAUUGGAACAAAUCAAGGGUACUAUCUCCGCUGAUACUUUCAAGGAACCUUCUCAACGUGAAGAAUCCAAGAAGGUCAUUAAGAAGCUCUUUGAAGAACGUUACCAAACUGGCAAGAACAAGUGGUUCUUUAGCAAGCUUAGAUUCUAAUUUGAAUAAAUGUCAUUGUUUUUUUUUAAUAUCCAAAA